AUGCCUUCCGAAGACCGUAAUCUACAGUCUCUCCCCAAGGAGAUUCGUCUAAUCAUAUAUGAUUACCUAUUCACGCCACAGUAUUUCCGCCAGUGGCCCUCCAGCCGUGCGAUAGAUACUAUACCAAAUAGCCUUAGCAUCUUGCGCACGUGCACUGCCAUCAAGAACGAAGCAUCAUAUUUUCUCUACAGCAGCAGAACGUUUCAAUUCCACCUGCCUAACUCUCUUGAUAACACUCGGACAAUCCUUCCAGACUCCGCCUUCAAAAAUCUCAUGAACAUUUACAUUGCGACAUGGGAAAUGGGCAGUCUUCGCGGCCGAGUACCUGAUCAGAUGUCCGAGAAUCUUGCAACCCUUCUUUCUCGGUUCUCCGGAUCCUCCAUCUUACGGUCCCGACUUACCAUCGUCCUCGAUCCUUCCAAGCAGGCGCUAUGCAAGCCUGAAAGCGAGGUCGUCGAUUCUUUGGGUAAGUUGAACGGCUUCCAGAAAGUAUUGGUUGAGUUCAAAGCCGAUCUUUGGAGAUCCAGACACUUGUUAGAUAGGGCACGACGAGCUGGACGAUUGUGGGACCCAACCAGACAGACUGAAUGUGAAUUCUACGAUGAAAUCGUGGGUAAAAUCAUGCAUAGGGUCGAGCUGGGCCUGGGCGAAGGCAAAGUCUGCAGCGAUAUUCCAAGUGCGCAGGGGCCUCAAUAUGUGCGGUGGGUUGAGUUUAAGCCCAGGGGGUAA